UGUCGUUUUUUAUUUUUCGUUCCAGCGGAACGGAGACAAAAAUUUAAUUAGACCAUCAAUUCUUCAUCACAAUUUAAAACUACUCAAACAAAAUAAAUUUGGUUAAAAUUUUUCCUUUUGUAACAAUAUAUCAUUUUUGGAAUUCUGUUUCAAAUCUUUUAAAUGACUGAGUUAUUGCUGGAUCCCGAUAUCCGACUAUGGGUAUUUCUACCUAUCGUCGUUCUUACUUUUCUUUUUGGAAUUGUGAGGCAUUACAUUUCGAUUCUUCUGACAUCACCCAAGAAAGUUGAAUUGACCCAAGUGCAGGAUAGUCAAGCCAUUAUCAGAAGCCGACUUCUUCGAGAAAAUGGCAAAUAUAUUCCCAGACAAGCCUUCCUUUUGAGAAAACAUUAUUUCAAUAAUGAAGAGGUAGGGUACUUCAAGACGCAAAAACGCAAUCCUCCUGCUCAAAACCCUAUGACUGAUCCUAGCGUUAUGACAGAUAUGGUAAAGGGCAACUUUACCAAUGUUCUUCCAAUGAUUGUUAUUGGAGGUUGGAUUAAUUGGACAUUUUCUGGAUUUGUUACAACUAAAGUACCAUUUCCAUUGACAUUGAGAUUCAAGCCCAUGCUGCAAAGAGGAAUAGAGUUGUUGUCUUUGGAUGCAUCAUGGGUGAGCUCUGCAUCUUGGUAUUUUCUCAAUGUUUUUGGUUUAAGAAGCAUUUACGCCCUGGUUUUGGGAGAAAACAAUGCUGCUGAUCAAACAAGAGCUAUGCAAGAUCAAAUGUCAGGACCUGCUAUGGCUAUGCCUCCAGACCCCAAACAAGCAUUUAAAGCUGAAUGGGAAGCAUUAGAAAUCUGUGAUCAUGUUUGGGCUUUGAAAAAUAUUGAAGCUGAUCUAGUUGGCCUGUCAUCACACGAAACAGGAGCUCGUUGAUUAUUGAGUGUGUAGAAGUUAUUGCUUGGAACUAUAAUUUCAUUAAUUAAGUGAAAAUUUUAUGAAGUAUUUCAUUUAUUCAUUCAUAUAUAUUGAGGUUCGUGUUUAUUUAUUUUCCAAUAUCGGAUCAUAUGUAGGAAUUUCAAACAUUUUGCCGGUCAUGGAAAUAAUCACUUGUUGUGGAAUAAUUUUACUUAAGCUUAAUUUGAAGUUGAAAUGUAUCUUUCACAUUUCCGUAUGAAAAUGUAUUUCAUAUUUAUAUACUGAAACUAAAAUUUACGACCGGAUUUCUGCAAAAAAUUUUCAGAUUUCUUCUUUCAAAAUUAACGUCUGAAUACAUAAAGCUUGAAGAAGAGUCUAUCUGAAUUCAAAAAGAUUUUUAAAUUUCAGCCCCUGAUAUAUUUUGUUUUCUUUUCUUCUUUUCAAAAAUUAGGGUCUUCCUUUUACAAAUGUGUUGAAUUUAAGUAAUUUUGUUUAAUCUCUAUUUAUCAAACUAGAUGUAGAUUAAGUUUUUAUCCCCUCUUCUAAUAUAUUUAGAUAUUAAUUACAUUGUCUUCAAAAGAAAAAGAGAAAGCAAUUGUUUUUGUAUAUAUAUUUUGAGCAUUCGUGUCAAUUUGUUAUACCUACCUCACAUCAAAGUAGAUUAUUUAUAUCAGUUUUUUCACUGAUGUGUUUAAGUUGAGAGUUAUGCUCUUGGAACAUAAAUUAUGCAGAUUUGUUGAAUCUUUUAAUACUUUUAUUUAGAAAAAAAAAUAAAAACUGAUUUUAUUCUUGAAGAACAUUUUCUUUAGAAUUAUCAUGAAAACUUCGCACCAAAAUGGAUUGUGUGCUGUGAGUAUGUGCACUAAUAUAUUUAUCAAUUGUUUGCCUUAUUGUACAUUAAUAUGAAUAUUGUCAGCAAUGAAAUGCAGCUUUGUGUACUUUUUUGUAAUUGUUUACAAAAAUUUAAACACUUUUGUUACAUGUAGCACAUCAGUUUUGAAUCCUUUACUAUGCAAUGAAAUAAAUUCUUAAAUUAAA